GUUGGUGCGGCGAGGGUGUUCCAAAAUUGAAUUUUUAAAUUGUUUUGUUUUUUUUUUCUAAGCGGAGUGUAGACUCGGCUGCAGUGAUUCGGCAGCCUAUUGGUGCAGUGUGAGUUUCAAGAUUUUUUGUGCGGUUAUUGUGAAUUACUUGUUUAAAAAGAGUUAAAAAGAAAUUUCAGGAGAUUUGCGCCUGAAAAAAGAUUAAACCUAACGGCGAAUAACUUUAUUGAGGUAUCCUAAUGAAAUCAACAAACAUGGAAUCAUGCUCCGAUCGCCUUAGUCCAUCCAGUGACCUGACGAAUGAAUCAGAAACGUCAUUACCAGCCUUCCCUUACGAUAAUACGAACGGCAACUUCUAUAAUCAACCAGAUCUGAACGAAAAACAAUACUUCGCUUACAAGCAAAAGUCUCCAAAGGCAGAUGAUAGAAAAGAAACCUAUUUGCAAGACAACAAUCGAAUGGUUUCCUUCGAAAACUAUCUGUCACCGCAAAAGAAUAAAAAGUAUUUGAACUUCGAACUAAAGUUGCCGCCAAAUAAUGACAGCUCGUUUUUUUCUCAAAUAGAGAACGAGGAGGCAAGGACUAUCCGCUCGAAUGCCUACUACAGCGAUGUGCAGAAAAGCUGCGUUCAGAAAUGCGAAAACAAUCCAAAUUUAGAAACGAAAGUGACCGUGCCGGUAACCUUCGAAAAUGUGAAAAGCAAUGAUAGAGACCGCGUUUCUCAGUCGUUUUUCGGUGAGAAUGAGAACAAUAAUAUGAGGAGGUGUCUGAAUUUCAACUCGGAGCAGGUUCAGUGUGUGUGUGAGGCGUUGCAGCAAAAAGGUGACAUAGAGAAGUUGACGGCCUUUUUGUGGAGUCUACCUCCUUCUGAGCUUUUACGCGGGAAUGAAACUGUUUUGAGGGCCAGAGCUCUAGUUGCCUACCACAACGGCGUGUUUCAAGAACUGUACGCCAUCUUGGAAGCGCACACUUUCCCGCCGCGACAUCACACCGCUCUGCAGAAUCUAUGGUUCAAGGCUCAUUAUAAGGAAGCUGAGAAAGUUAGGGGUCGACCUUUAGGUGCAGUGGACAAAUACCGGCUGCGCAAAAAAUAUCCGCUUCCAAAAACAAUAUGGGACGGCGAGGAAACGGUCUACUGCUUUAAGGAAAAGAGCAGGAAUGCACUGAAAGACUGCUAUUAUAGGAAUAGAUACCCGACCCCUGACGAGAAGCGCGCCCUGGCCCGCAAGACCGGCCUGACCCUCACGCAGGUCUCCAACUGGUUCAAGAACCGGAGACAGAGGGACCGCACGCCUCAGCAGCCUAAUAGACCAGAAAUGCUGGUGCCAGCCCAAUACGCUGGCCCUCAAGGAGGCCUAUCUCAAGCCCUAUUGCCAAACGCCUACUACCACCAACUACAAGAUCCUUCGCACUUCUUACACGGAAACGCACCGUAAGCUCAGAAUAAUAACACGCGCCAGCCGUGCCAUAGACGAAAGAGUUUAAGAAAAAAGGUUGGUCUAUGGUUUGUUUGAUAGUUGCUGUCACAUUUAAAGUGAUUUAGUUUGGCGGUAAUUUAUGUAAAGUUGCGAAUUCAAUUGUUAUUAUUUUAUUACUUUACCUCUUGAUUAUUAAGAAAUAAUUAUGUAGUGAAUUACAAUGCAAAUAUUGUUAAUAUUAAUGCCAUAUUUAACUGUAUAAGCCAUUUCUGUACGGGUUUUGUGAAUAAAAUAGGUAAUUGUCUAUAAUACCGACAGAAAAUAUUCAAUAAGUAUUAAGGUUGUAUAAAAAUAUCAUUUAUACUAUUGUGAUUUGAUUUAGUCGUAGCAUGUAGGUACCACUGUGUAGAUUUUAUUGUAAAAAGCCAAAAUUACAAUGCAAUAUUACAUUAAUGAGUAAUUAAAAACCUGA